UUUUUUCAUCAGUUUAAACUGAGGUCAGUCCGUCUGGAAACGGCGAGACGGAACUAAUGGACUGAAUUAAUGGAGAUAAACGCGACGCUUGAACAUUACUCCCGAGAGUUUAAAGUCCACAUCUCCGCUGAAUACGCGUUUUAUUCGGAGCUCCAGCAAAAUGAGACUGCGCUCGAGAAAUAUUUUAAAUGAAGUGCCGACGACGCCGUGCCGCCGCCGUCGAGCAGCACCGGAGACCCCGGGACCGCAGACACCGCCGCUCCAGACCCAGGAUGAAGUUAAAGUUCUUCAAGACCGCUUGAAUCUGGACCCUGAUGAUGUCCCAACAGUAGCAAAACGUCCACGAAGGAGGAGAAAAGCUUUAUCAACUGUUGACAAUAAAGAGUCUGAUUUCAAGACCCCAGUCCGUCACCUCCGGGAAAGGCAUUCGUCGUUGAAUCCUGCUGCUAGAAGCCUUUAUUCUCCCGUGGUGCACUUUCUCACACCUCCACGAGACAGAGAGCAGCCAAACACAAGUCCCAUGUUCAGUCCUGAACACUGUGUGUUUGGCUACAGUGCUGCCAGCCCUCUUUCAGAGGAUGAAGAGAAUGAAGAAGUGUUCAGCCCUUUUACGUUUAUUAAGAACAUUCCCAAUCGUUCACAACAGUCCAGGCCGGUCUCAGCGGUGCGGGACAUCCCACCAAAGACGAGGAGCACGCCUGCUGCUACCCUGGUGCUCGAUCUGGACGAAACCCUGGUGUUCAGUUCACUGAAUGUGAUUCAUGAUGCAGAAUACACCUUCAGUACCCGCUUUCAAGAUCAUAAGUACAAGGUCUAUGUGAUUCUCAGACCAUAUGUCAAAGAGUUUCUGCAAGCCAUGACCAAACAUUUUGAGAUGUUUGUCUACACGUCUGCAAAAAAGGAAUAUGCAGAGAAGAUUGUGGAUAUAUUGGACCCUACAAAAAAGCUCUUUAGGCACCGCUUGUAUCAGGACGAUUGUGCCUGUGUGCUCGGACACUACAUUAAAGACUUGAGCGUCCUGGAGAGGGACCUGUCAAAGACGGUCAUCCUGGACAACGCCCCGCACACCUUCCCAUAUCACCUGAUGAAUAUGAUUCCCAUAAAAAGCUGGAAUGGAGCUCAAGAGGACCGUGAGCUGCAAAAGCUUGUUCCUUACAUGGAGAAACUAGUGCAUGCGGAUGACAUCAGAAGUGUUUUAAAGAAGAGAACCGAUCACUUCCACAGGCUGCUUUCUGAAGACUAAGCCCUGUAUUAAAUGUAAAGCCGUGCUCCAUGCUGCAUACAAGGCCUAUGUCUAGUAUGGUUUUAUACCCUGGCGUAGAAAUAGUGCUUCAGCGACGCAGAAUACUCUUCAGCUGUAAUUAUCCCGGUCAGCUGGUCUUCUGACCCUUCUUGAUGAAUAGGACUAGAUUCUUACCUUUACCUUACCUAAUUUAUUGAUAAGCCUUGAGAUAUUUGUACAGGUUUGUGCCGUUGGAAGAAUGCUUUCACACUGUAAUCUGCUCAAAUUCAUUUCAAUACGUGUUGUACUCGGAACUCUAUUUUUAAAGGAUGCUUGGGCUAGUUUUCACAAUAACCAAUAAAGCAAGGAAAAAAAUGUUUCUUA